AGUCAACUUUAUGCACCAGAACCGUCAGUUGGCAAUCAACACAACGAAGGAGAUAUGACAACGAUUGAAAUCACCGAAGCUAAUUUUAAAGAAGGCAAUAAUACAUCACAUGCAAUCACCUUUGAAAUCGACAAUGUAAAUAAUUCUUCUGAAGAUUCUCAAGUGACCGGUCAGUGUGCUGUCGACGGAGAAAUUUCGCCAUCAAGUUCAGCUAAAGUUGCUGAAUUCCAAAACCGUGGAACCAAACGUUCAGGAGACUCUUUCAUUUUAAGCAAUAAGAAGCAUGCUGAGUCUGAUUUCAAGUUCCGAAAUUUUCGAAUCAGCUGGAACGAAAUGAACUCAACGCUCAAACAUCAUCUACUUGACAUGGAAACGUUCAGGAAAGAAUUUCCUUCUACAGUUAUGCCCCAUAGUCUAAGGAUGACAAAAUUUCUUUGGUGUUCUCUCAUGCACCCCUUAGUUGAACAAGUACGAGCAAUUGACGUUAACGCUAGUGCAAGUGUCAUGGAGGAUAUUGCAAAGGAAAUCAUAAGAGCAUACCCAAGUCUAGAUCUAAGUGAUGACGACGGAUUUGGUGCUGGACAAGGUUGGAUAUAUAUCAAAAGAAAACUAAUAACCCGCAGCUCUUAUCGCAAACGUAUUCGGGAAUCAAACCAACCAACAGUUUCAUCAAAACAAAACUGCAAAAACCGUAACGUUAAGGCAGGAACUACAGAAGAGUACUGGAAAAUAACAUCCAAGGAAUGUUCCCCGAGUAUGCUGAGUGUUCUUAAACAGGACAACGACUGUAACAUAACUAACGAGUUUCUUAAGGUAUCUCAGCCAUAUGUACGAUAUAUUUUUGAUACCAGCACAAACCUCAACUUGACUCUAAAUGAGCUUCCGGUUCUAAGAAGACGUAAACUCCUAAUGUUCCAUUUCGAAGAAUCCACGGGAGUAGAUCCUGAAUGUCUGCAGAUGUAUUUUAACAGCAAGAAACAUAAAAUUAUUGAGUUCUCUAGAACUCAUCGGAAAUAUAAACUUGAAGAAAAUGCAUCAGAUAUGGACGUUUUCAAAUUCUUUGCUCAAUUUCUUGGAGAGGACUUCAAUCAACUUGUUAUACAAAAUCCGAUUGGAACUCAAUUGAAUGAUGUGAUUAUUCCCUCAUCAGGGCCUUUGCUGAUGGCUUUUGAUCUGGACGAUAGCCAAAUGUAUUACGUGUUUGCCAAUCAGGCUAGAUUGACAGAGGGCACGGUUGAUGCCAAACAAGCCAUAUGUGAUCUUGUAAUGGUUCAUUAUGUACAUAACUUUAUGUACAUGAAGGAAAGUUCGAAGUUUAUGGAAUUUAUACAGCAAUACUUUUUUUAAAUUUUUCCACAAAUUGGCUCAAAAAGUCAGGCUGUUCGCGUUCUCAAGCAACAGCGUUUAGUGAAGAGACUGAUAAACAAUUUAACCGACCAUAUGAUACGCUAACGUAGG